GCCAGCUUCUUCAGGUGGUCAGAGCAGCCAAUGGUGCCCAGUAUAUAUUUCAGCCUCAGCAGUCAGUGGUUCUGCAACAACAAGUUAUACCACAAAUGCAGCCUGGUGGGGUACAAGCUCCUGUUAUACAACAGGUACUGGCUCCUCUCCCUGGAGGGAUUUCACCACAGACAGGUGUCAUCAUCCAGCCUCAGCAGAUCUUAUUUACAGGAAAUAAGACUCAAGUUAUACCUACAACAGUGGCAGCACCUACACCAGCCCAAGCACAGAUUACUGCAACUGGUCAACAGCAGCCACAGGCCCAGCCUGCUCAGACACAAGCUCCGUUGGUGUUACAAGUUGAUGGAACUGGGGAUACAUCGUCUGAGGAAGAUGAAGAUGAGGAGGAAGACUAUGAUGAUGAUGAAGAGGAAGACAAAGAGAAAGAUGGAGCCGAAGAUGGGCAGGUGGAAGAAGAGCCCCUGAAUAGUGAAGAUGAUGUGAGUGAUGAGGAAGGACAGGAACUCUUUGACACAGAAAACGUUGUUGUUUGCCAAUAUGAUAAGAUACACAGAAGUAAAAACAAAUGGAAAUUUCACCUCAAGGAUGGCAUUAUGAAUCUUAAUGGAAGAGAUUAUAUAUUUUCCAAAGCCAUUGGAGAUGCAGAAUGGUGAAGAGCUGCUUGUUUUAUAAACAAAACAAAGAAACUUUUAAAAAAUUUAAAGUGGACAGUUUGAAACUUGGGACAUACGACAACCAAAACUUCAUUUCUGCAUGUCAGAAAAGUGCAGUAGAAGCAAAGCUACUGGAACAAAGAUAGACCUUGACAACAUAGACACUACUUCUCGCUGGCAAGCCAUGGAACUGUAGCACCUGGGGUCGUUGGGGUGGGGGGUUGGGGUUUUGUGUAGGAAAACCGUAACUGUCGAUUUUAAAUACAGGUACCUGCCACCAGUAAUUAGCAUGUAAAGCUUUGUCUAUGUUCCCUCCUCCAACUUGGGUUCAGUCAGAAGAUAUGUGUUAGAAUGAACUGAAGAAACUUCCCUUUUGAUAGAUUGAACUGAAACUGCUUAUUGUAUGUGGUUAUAUUUGGUAAAAUUUGCGUGUGAGCUUUUUACAAAAGGGUAAGAAUUAUGGUGUUGAAUUUUAGUUCAUUGUAUAAGAAAACAGUUUAAAACUCUCAUAAAAGGUCUUACAUAUUUUUACUUGCUAAUUUCCUUCAGUAAUAUAUACCUCUUCCUUUCUUGCUUUAUGAAACAUCUAUUUAAGAUUUAGAGGAAGUAAUCAGUGGCCAUAGUUUGUAGACAAAAUUUGACCCAGGAAUGAAUAUUUAUUUUAUUGAGGUUUUCAUACUUAAUUAAAUAUAAUUAAAGACUUGGGUCUUUUCUGAGUUGAGUGGAAUUAAAAUGACAACUUUAAUUUCCUUACAGAAAAGCAAUAUUUGUUUCUUUUAGCCCCACACCUUAAAAGGAAACCCCAGAUUGGCUCCUCAGGAAUACAGCUUUAUUUCACAAAAGUACCAUCUAGCUGAAAUUGUAUAUACGUAAGUGUAUGUAGAUUUUUCCUGUUGGGUUGAAGUCUGUGCUUAUAUAUGUGUUUAGUCUUCAAGCUAAACACAAAAAGAAUACCCUGUACAUUGAUUUAAACAUAAGGCAGGUGGUGAGGACCUGGAUUUUUAGUAAACUUAGUAAUUACAAAAGUUCGUUGUGUUUACAAGUAAAGAAUUUUUUAAAAAUCUAUUAUUCUAAUUGAACAAAUUUUUAAAAGCAACUUUGUAACUUGAGGGGGAAAUUUGGGGGGUGAAGGGGUGGGCCACUAAGUACCUAGUUACCUCUCUUUCAUUUGGUGGUCCUCCAGGCCAUUGAUAAUAUAGACAUGGGCUCCAGUUUGCACAUCGGGAAGAAAGCAUAGAAAUUUGACUUGUAUAUUAAAAUAAUAGAAGUGUAUAUUAAAAGUGCAUAGCUCUGUAUUCUGUAAGGGACUCUCAAGAACAAUAUGGCGCUGCUGUGUUCAGUGUGAAUUAGCUGCCUGGGAGAACUGUAGGAAUGCUCAUCUUCACCUUUGUGUUCUGACAACUAAUUCAACUUUCCAUGGUUUAUCUUGACAAAAUUUACAUGUGUUUAAAUUACUUGUAUUUUUUUUAAUUUUAAUUUUUUUGUCUUCCUUUUAUUUGCUUUUGCGUAUUUCCAGAAGUAACACAUAAACACUUUAAAGUACUUUACAAAGAAGAAAACUGUGAGCUAUUAUAUAGUAUUUCUUUCUUUUUUAACACCAAUCUUUAAAUUUUUCAAAAAUGCUAAUCAAUUUUCUUUUCUUUUUUUUUGCCUAUUUCUUAACUUGGUUUCUAUCUUAUGUUCUGAACUUUGAUGUAAGUGGUGGUGUCUUGCAUGCUAGUAGCUAGAUUUUAUUUAGAUUAUGCCAUAAUUGGUAAUACGGUUUUUAUUUUGACUAUAUUAAUAGUUUUUUGAGGGGAAGUUUAUUUGUUUACCCCACUGUUCUCAAAGCACACAGAGUUUUUUGUUUUUGUUUUGGGUAUUUUUUUUUGUUUUUUUUUUAUUAGUAAGACUGGGAGAAGAAGAAAAGGAAGAGAAUGACAUCAUGGAGGUCCUGUUGCUCAGUUGUCCUUCAGGAUAGUUGCUAGGUUUAUAUUUACUCAAUGAAGAAGUCAACGACCUGAACUACCUAUAAAAAUGUAGCAGUGCUGCAGUGUUACUUAAGGAAACCCUUUGGCUAUCUAGUAGUUUUUAUGCUACUGAAACUGGGAUUACUGUAUGAUAUUCUUGGGCCCUCCAAGUAGAGAACGUUCAUAUUCGUAGUAGCAUUGUAUACUGGCCUGUUUUUAUAACUUUGCUUUUCAGAACAACCACUGCUUUUCAGAGUGGUUAUUUUGUUAUUUUGAAGCAGGAAAUAACCAUUUGUAUUUGCACCUGUGUAUUGCAUAUUAAUGAUGGUAUACUUGGCAAAUGCUUUUCUUUUACCUGUGAAAAUUUUGAAAGCCGGUCCAAACAACAUUGCAUACCAAAUUGUGCUCUUAUAUAUUAUUGCAUCGUGUUUCCUUUUAAUCAAAUAGCAUGUUUUAGUUUUAUUAUAGUAGCUUUUGCUAUAAGAAUGUCACUUGCUUAUCUUUUAUUGUACUUGAAUUCUUAAUCAUGCUUUUAACAUUUUUAUUUAACAAAUCAUUUUAUAUUAGCUUCCAUUAAAAUGUCAUUCCUUUGAAAAGGCAAGGGAUUCCCACUUUCAGAAUUUUAAAGUGAAAGUAGCAUGAAACAAAGGUGGAAAAUAGUUCAGACUUGGUAUUGUGAAAAUAAGUAAUGGUUUCUAGAGAGAAUUUUUUUAAAUUUGCACAAAUGGAGAUGGCACCUUUUACUUUUGAAAGAUGUAACAUUAAUUAACAGUGCUGAAGAAAAUCUACACAAAAUUACAAGAUAAAGUGUGGAAAUGUGUGCCUUUCAGUAUACACACUCUUGCUUGGUGGUCAUUUGGUUAAUCAGAUCACUCAAGAGAGCACAUUUAAUUUCUAUGGAGUGCCACAUAUGGCUAAAACAACUCUUUAAUGUGCAAUUGAUUUCUAGAGUAAAAUGUCUGUUACAUGAGGGGGAUCUUUAUAUUGGGCUUUUAUAUUUUUUAAAUGUUCACAUUUCCUUCUGUUAAUUAAAUGUUAUCAUAAUGUCACAUUUACACUGUUGCCUCUUAAAAUCAAAGCGACGCUGAUGUAACUCUCCUAAGGAUACAUUAAAAUUUGAGCAGUGUGUGUAGUGGUUAAAAUGUGUUCUUAAUGAGCACAAUAUUCUGGUUUUAGAGAACAAGAACAUAAAAUAUAAUAGCUUUUGUAUAAAGAUUUUCUUUUAUUAUCGUGAAAAUCAAAGGUUUGGUUUCCUUUUUUUUUCUGGCUUUUAUGGAAGAAUGAAAAGAGUUGUCUCUAGGAUAAUAUUUGAUUAUCUCAUAGCAAUAAUGUCACCAUUAUUAUCAGAGGGUAAAUAUGCCUUGUAUAAGAAAACAUACAUAAUUGCCUCUUGGGAGUUACCUUUAUAGCUUAGCAUUUUCUUCCACUUGAGAAAAUUCCCAUAUUUUCAGAUGAGUUCAUCUUGAACUUUUUUGAGCUUUUGUGCAAUGUAAAAUUUUAUUGAUCCAUCUUUGUACAUUUUCAUUUUAUUUCAUAUGUGUUUCUCCCACCUACUUGUCUGAAUCAGUUAUAGCAGAUUUUGAAUUCAUUGGUUAAAAAAUAGUUGUUUUUAUAUAUUUCCUCAUGGGUUUAUGUUAAAUAGUUUUGCAUUUAAUCCUCUGUUAUACUGUGGAAAUUAUUCUGAAGUUUAUAUUUGUCCCUUUUUAAGCCUGCCUUACUCUGUCUUUUGUCAUUUUCUAUGGUUUAAGGAAAUACACACCAAACUGAUAUUUUUGUUUAUUUUGAGGAACAAAAGAAACUUAUUCUCUUCUCUUUUAAGGGAAGAACUACAUUGAGUUAGUAACUACUCUUGCAGUCAAGGUUCCUUAAAUCAGUCCAGUAUGCAUCAGGGCUAUAAUUUUAGGGGAGGGGCUAAUCCUCUUUGCUGUUUUGAGCUACUAUUGUCAACUGCUGUUGUACAUACUGUUAUGUGUAAGGGCGUAAAUAUAUUUAUUAUGUUUGUAAAAUUCAUUCUGUACAAUUGCAGAUCAAAGUUGCUCUUCUGUGAUAUACGGAAUAUUAUGUUUUAAAGACCAUCUUGGAAUACAAUUAGAGAACUUAGUAUUUUGAUGUACUAAGACCUAUUUUAAGUUUAAUAUUUUACCUUUGCAAAAACUUUAAUUAAAGAUGUUAUUUAAAAAAAGUAAUGUUGCUUGCUUUGCUUACUAGUAUAUGAUAUUGUUAUAGAUAAUUGAAUAAAAUUAUACAAUUUAGAAAGGAAAA